GAGAAGGUUCAGAAAGCGCUUGAGGACAUGGAUGCAGCUGGCAAGGGGUUAAAUCACGUGGGCGCCUGGGAAUUUAUCACUUAGGACCAUAAAAACGUGUAAUUUGAAGAAAGAGAACAAAGAAAUGAGGGAGUAUAAAAUCCCCUUGCGAGACACUUCUCCGUCAUUCAUUUCUUCUGCCCUUGCUAUCCCCCAAAGUGUGCUCUUGCCCAGUCAAACUGCGAGUCUGCUCCGAAUCAAAACACGAUGCUGCUUCCUUGGGUUUACUGUAGCGUCUUGGCAUAUCACCUCUUGCUCUGCAUUCAUUCUAUGCCAGUACUGGAGGGGAGAGCCAGCAACAGGUAUAAAGCAGUGGCGGGAUGGCCUCAGAAGACCCACAACUAUGACCUGAAGAAGAGGGGCAGGUUUAGCCAUACUCAGGACAUGCUGAAGGAACGAUCGCGCCCGUCAGGAAGUGUCUAUCCAGAGACUGUGCUUCCAGGGAAUGGAACAGAGUUGGUCUGGAACCGGCCUCGCUGUGGCGUUCCAGACUAUCCUACUCAGAAGCAAGGUGGUGUCAUGGACUACCACAUGCGGAAGGGGGAAUCCUUUGGAGGAAAGCAGCGUCAGAAGCGAUUCGUUCUCUUUGGGGGGCGCUGGGACAAGACUGACCUCACCUACAAGAUUAUGCGCUUCCCUUGGCAACUGAGUAAGGAGAAAGUGCGUGGAAUCCUACAGGAGGCGCUGCUUGUGUGGAGUGACGUCACACCUCUGAAGUUCACCGAGGUCAGCAGUGGGAGAGCUGACAUCAUCAUCGACUUCACCAGGUACUGGCAUGGUGACAACCUGCCCUUUGAUGGUCCUGGAGGCAUUCUGGCUCAUGCCUUUUUUCCCAGAACCCACCGGGCAGGCGACAUCCACUUCGACUAUGACGAGAGUUGGACUGUGGGCAACAGCAUGGGCACGGACCUCUUGCAGGUGGCGGCCCAUGAGUUUGGCCAUGUUCUUGGCCUCCAGCACUCCCUGGUCGACAGAGCCGUCAUGUCCCCCUUCUACAGCUUCUCAUACCCUUUGGAGCUGAGUGACGAUGACAAGCAGGGCAUCCAAUACCUGUACGGCCCACCGCGGAAAGCCACGCCUGUCAUCACAGAGACCAAUGAGAUCGAAACCACUGUGCCACAGCCGGACCCCUGCAGGACUAACUUUGAUGCAGUGUCCAUGAUCAGAGGUGAGUUGUUCUUCUUCAAGUCCUGCUAUGUGUGGCGUAUCCGCGACGGUCGACUGCAGGCGGGGUACCCGGCGCUAGCAACACGCCACUGGAGGGGGAUCCCCGACAACAUCGAUGCGGCCUACGAAGACAAGACUGGAAACAGCUGGUUCUUCCAAGGUGACAGUUACUGGGUGUUUGACGCAGAGAGGAAGAUCACAGGGCCGGACUCGUUGAGUCGGCUGGGCCUACACGUGUCGGACAUCCAGGCAGCCCUCAUGUGGGGCGAGGACAAGGCCCAGAAGACUUACCUCUUCAAGUCGGGAACCUACUGGCGCUUCAGCCCCCUGGAGAACCGGGUGGAGACAGCCCACCCACGCAACAUGCAGGACUGGGGGGGCAUCCCCAUGGACAUUGACGCUGCCUUCCAGGACCAAUAUGGAUAUGCUCAUUUCCUGAGUGGGAUGCAGUAUUGGAAGUUUGACCCGGUGGAGGUGACGGUUCUGGAAGGAUACCCACGCUAUAUCGGCAUGGACUUCUUUGGCUGCCCACUUCCUAUUAUCGAUAAAGCCCAUGAAGAGUCCAUAUCGCCCGAAGAGGUGAAUAGAAUAUCACGACCAAAUUAAUUUGUUUGCUCUUAAGACUGAUGUCAUUACAAUGGGACUUUAGACUGAUUAUAAUUACAUCAUUGCGGAACAUCAGCAGGUUGACUGCAGCUGUUGGUCUAAUAGAGGUGAGGACUUGGUUGAAACUUUCAUUAUGAACCCAGUCUGAGGUCCGUGGCUGUCUGAAGACCACUAGAAAUUGAGGUCAUAUUUCAACAGAUGAAUUGGGUAUAUUUCAUUCUAUCAUCAUCCACAAUAUGAUAUUUUCUGGUGUAAAAUCAAGGCUUUCAGAGAUACGUUAAAGAGCACACGGACAGCUCUGCUGAAUAUAUAUAUAUUUUUACUUGAUGUAUAGCCUUGAUUCUUAUUUAUAGUUUUUUUUUUGUCAAAUGUUUUUUAUCCACAGAUGAGUCUCAAUAAUGUUUCUGUGCAGUCCCUCUUUCUUUCAUGCCAUUGUUUAUCAGGUGUAGCCGUGUAAACCUAUUUGACAGGGACCCACAUUUUCUCUCCAGCCUCAUUGAGCUUUCUAUUUCACACACAGGUGCUCAAACAGACUCAACGAGGAAGGUACAUUUGUACCUCAAAUAAAGUGCUUUGCCUUUAACAGUUAAAGGUUACAUUACACUCCAAAAUCAAAGUUUGUCAGAUGUUUUGAUACCUUAAAAGUAGUGUCCUAGGUCAUCCUAGAACAUCUGUUUUGUACAUCCCGCUAUACGCCACAAUUUAUUUGGGUUUGACGCAUAUUUUUAUUUUACCUUUAACUAGGCAAGUCAGAUAAGAACACAUUCUUAUUUACAAUGACGGCCUACCCCUGAUGACGCUGGGCCAAUUGUGCGCUUCCCUAUGGGACUCCCCAUCACGGCCGGAUGUGAUUCAGCCUGGAUUCAAACCAGGGACUGUAGUGAUGUGCCACUACUGUGCCACUCGGGAGCCAAUAUAGCUACAGGGUUGUGAAUUCAUCCUGACUUUAGACAAACUUUGAGGCCUGAAGACAUGACAAAGUUUAUUUUGGAGUGUAAUGUCCCUUUAACACAACAUUGAUAUGAUGAUUUUACAGUGGUGGAAGCCAAGCAUCGCAUAUCAGUUUUCACAGUGAUACCUCAUCAGGUAAAACGUCCUUCAUGUUCUUCUCUGACUACUCCAAGAUGGUCCUGUAAACUUUUUUCAUGUUGUUGCGUGUAGCCAUUUGUCAUACAGCUAGCGUCAUUGAAAAAGCCAUUGGUGUUGCAGUGUACCAGUGCAGGCCACUGAUACCAUUUCCUCACUUUUUUAUACACUGUGAUCAAUCAAUCAAUCAUAUUUAUUUACAAAGCCCUUCUUACAUCAGCUGUCAGAAAGUGCUGUACAGAAACCCAGCCUAAAACCCCAAGCAGCAAGCAAUGCAGGUGUAGAAGCA